CAUUAUCUGUGAUAGUGAAUUGAAUUGAACGACUAUUUGAGAUACAAAAAUUCGUCGAAGCUUAUAGUUCAAUCUAAUAAGUUCUGCGUCUGUCGCAAAUAUGGCCGUCCUGUAAUGAAUCGGUGGUCAGUGAUAUUAUAGUAAUUUCACAUAAUGCAAAAUUUCAAAAUGGAGCUUCGUGUCGGUAACAAAUAUCGAUUAGGACGUAAAAUUGGAUCGGGAUCAUUUGGAGACAUUUAUUUAGGCACAGAUAUUGUAACGAAAAAGGAAGUAGCCAUUAAAUUAGAAUGCAAGAAAACAAGGCAUCCACAAUUACACAUAGAGAGUAAAUUUUAUAAACUGAUGCAGGGAGGCAUUGGUAUACCAGCAAUAAAAUGGUGUGGCUCAGAGGGAGACUACAAUGUAAUGGUAAUGGAACUGUUAGGUCCUUCCUUGGAAGACCUAUUUAACUUUUGUGCUCGUCGUUUUUCCCUCAAGACUGUACUUAUUCUCGCUGACCAACUCAUCACUCGUAUUGAGGACAUUCAUUAUAGGAGUUUCAUUCAUAGAGAUAUAAAACCUGACAACUUUUUAAUGGGCCUUGGAAAAAAAGGAAAUUUAGUGUACAUUAUAGAUUUUGGAUUAGCCAAGAAGUACAAAGACUCACGCACCAACCAACAUAUACCAUACAGAGAAAACAAAAACUUGACAGGUACAGCGAGAUACGCAUCAAUAAACACUCACUUAGGCAUUGAACAAUCACGACGCGAUGAUUUGGAGUCACUCGGAUACGUUCUAAUGUACUUCAACCGCGGCAGUUUGCCGUGGCAAGGUCUUAAAGCGGCGACCAAACGUCAGAAAUACGAAAGGAUAUCUGAGAAGAAAUUAUCAACACCUUUUGACGAGCUUUGCAAAAAUCACCCUAUCGAGUUCCAGCUCUACUUAAAGUACUGCCGGCGACUUCGUUUCGAAGAGAGACCUGACUACGGCCACCUUCGCCAGUUGUUCCGCACGCUCUUCCACCGACAGGGUUUCACUUAUGACUUUGUCUACGACUGGAACAUGCUCAAAUUUGGAGAACCCAUUUACGGGUGAUUUCCAGGACGCCCGGGUAGG